AUUCAUUCAUCGAUAUUCGCUCCCUCUCCCGGGGCCGUUUCGGCGUGCGCCGACACGGAGCAGAUUUUUCCCUACAGCCGUGCGGCGGGCGGCUCGCGUACCGAAAACCUUUCCCGAAUAGGCAGCCGCUGGUUAAAACCGUGCGUACACGGUACGGACGGGUUCAUUUAGCGUCCGACAACCUAACGUCGUUUUUCGCACAAAACCUGUGCUCGCCGUGUGGUGCGCCGAGACAUACCGAGAAGCAGGAGCAUAUUUCCUAAACGUGGUUUCUCACCUGCCCCGGAACGGCGUGUCUCGUACGUUCGCCUGUGGCGAAAAUAUUGGAGUAUCAUUAAGUGCUUAGUUAACUACCCAGCUCCUUGCGUUGGUGUGCCGUUGGUGUUAAUAUUGAUGAAAAAGUGUGCAAAAGUUGGUUCGUGAAAGAAAAGAGUGUGUGUGUGUGUCUGUGUGCUCCGAGACGCAUCAUCCCGAUUGCUGCAACCCUUCAACAUCAGUUGCAGACGUAACUUCCGGUUUUUUGGAAUCCUCCGGCAAACUGCACGGCCUCCUGUUGUAACCCUCCGCCACUAGUACCAACCCCACAACGGCUUCAAGAUGAAUGUCGAAAUCACACCCAACUACUCGUACAUCUUCGACUUUGAGAAUGAAUUCAUCCAUCAGGACACGCGCGUCUGGAUGGUGAAGAACUGGACGUACGUGUUUUACUACUGCGGCAUCUACAUGGCAGUGAUAUUCGGUGGCCAGUACUACAUGCAAAAUAGACCUAGAUUCGAACUGCGAGGGCUGCUAGCGAUAUGGAACACACUUCUGGCCAUGUUCAGCAUAAUGGGGGCCUGCCGGACAGCGCCCGAGCUGGUACACGUUCUGCGACAUUACGGUCUCUUCCAUUCCGUUUGCGUUCCGAGCUUUAUUGAACACGACCGUGUCAGUGGUUUCUGGACAUGGUUGUUCGUGCUGUCGAAGCUCCCGGAACUGGGCGACACGGUGUUCAUCGUGCUGCGGAAGCAACCGCUCAUCUUCCUGCACUGGUACCACCACAUCACGGUGCUGAUGUACUCGUGGUUCUCCUACACGGAGUACACCGCGUCCGCCCGGUGGUUCAUCGUGAUGAACUACUGCGUCCACUCGGUCAUGUACUCGUACUACGCGCUCCGUGCCCUCAACUUUAAGCCACCGCGCUCGAUCGCGAUGCUCAUCACGACGCUGCAGCUUACGCAGAUGGUGGUCGGCUGUGCGAUUAACAUAUGGGCCCACGGUUUCCUGCAGACGGCCGGCAAAAACUCGUGCAACAUCUCCGAGAUGAACAUCAAGCUGUCGAUCGCGAUGUACUUUAGCUACUUUGUGCUGUUUGCCCGCUUCUUCUACAAGACCUACCUCUCGACGAACGCGCGCAAGGGCAAGCGGCCGAUCCAGGUGACCGCCUCGUCGACCGCCACCAACGGGCAGUACAUCGAUAGCAGCCGCCCGCUGACCGGCAAAUCGGACGUCCAGUCGCUGCUGGCAGGCCAGACAAACAACAAGAUUAAGGCACAGUAAGAGGGCCAGCAGUGCGUGUCAAACCGGGGGGGAAAGAGAACCCAGCCGUCUCCAAACUUCCCUUCUCUAUCGCGAGAACCGGCGGUGGUGGUAGUGGGCGGGCGGGCGCGCGUGCAGUAUGGGGUGUGGUGCUUUAAUUUCUAUGCAUUCCGAUUCAAGCUGGUUUGUACGUGUACCCGGUGUUGGUGGUGGUGGUGAUGAGAGAAUAAGGACCCCGAUCUGGAGCACAAUUCCACUGACACACGAGGUUCGUUCGUGUGUGUCCAUACUCAGGAGACAGCAAGGAGCGCGUUCUCUUUCUACCACACCGCGGUCGUAGAAAUCCAGCUGGGGGAAAAAAAAACAAAACAAAACAUACAAAAAGGUGUCGUUGGUGGUUGCAAAGCUACUACCAACUAUUGUUACUGCUGCGCUUCCCUGCGCUACACUGCUGCGCCUACCCUGUUGAUAAGUUUCCCCAUCCCCUAGUAUGGCCCCUUCAACGUCUUACCCGUUAAAAUCAUCAUCUCGUUUGAUGUACACAGGACAACACAGCAGGCUAGAUUGGGGUGGGGAGAGAUAGAUGAACGACUACCGACUACUACUUGAAGGAAGAUCAUUCACACAAAACUUUAGCAUUCCUGGGAAGGAUGGACAAUGGAACACACAGAGCAAACAAUAUUUGGAGGCAGUUUAAAUUAGGAAGAAGAACACAGCGAAACAAAAAGAAGCCGUAAAAGAAGAGCGAGAAGAGAGGUGUUGGCAUUAAGAGGCAAUACACUUCUCGCCGCAAAAAGAAUCCUUACGAAACAUUAUGGGUUAUAGAAGAGAGAGUUUAAAAGAGACAAAAGCAACACACACAAACACAAACACACAAACAAAACCUGACGAUGAUUUAAGGACGAACUUAUGAACUUACGGGCAAAAUGAAGGUUACUUG